UGCGGAUCCCGGGUUGCCAGUUACGGAGCAAGUGAGACGGCUUUUGAUUGGGUGCCUGCACCACGGAAGCGCUAGACAGAAGCGAGGUGUGGAAGCUGGCAGUAUGCUGCUGUUCUGCCCGGGCUGUGGGAAUGGACUCAUUGUGGAGGAGGGGCAGCGUUGCCAUCGCUUCGCCUGCAACACUUGCCCCUACGUCCAUAAUAUCACCCGUAAGGUAACAAACCGAAAGUAUCCAAAGCUAAAAGAAGUGGACGAUGUGCUUGGUGGAGCAGCUGCAUGGGAGAAUGUGGACUCUACUGCAGAGCCAUGUCCAAAAUGUGAACAUCCCCGUGCCUACUUCAUGCAGCUUCAGACGCGUUCUGCAGAUGAGCCAAUGACCACCUUCUAUAAGUGCUGCAAUGCUCAGUGUGGACAUCGCUGGAGGGAUUAAGGGCAGGACUUGCCCAGCUGCAAGCAUGAAUUUUGUGUACUGAAGGUCUUUGCUAUAUGAUAGUAAGCUGACUCUUCUGUGGUGAAGGAUCAGGGUGAAAUAUAACUCAUCUGCAAGUUAGCAGAUAAAGUCCUUAAUGUAUAGGGGCCAUCAGGUCCUUGGGAGAUACACAUAAGGAUGCUCACUUGGGUUCAGGUCCUGUUCUUACCAUUCAAACUAGGAACUUGGUUUNUAGUCAGUAAAAAAAAAAAAUUAUUAUUAUUNUUUUUUUUUUUUAGUUUUUCAAGACAGGUUUUCUCUGUGUAGUCCUUGCUGUCCUUGUUAUGUUCCUCUACCAAACAAGAGUAACAGAAAAGUUACAUAUUUGUUGAAACCACUAAUGGUAUUGCUCUGUAAGGUGGACAUAUUUGUAUGUGGGAAGUGCUGGUCUAUUCUGUGUAACUGGACAGUUAUACACAUGAUAAGAAAUGUAGCUAGUAAGGAAAUCUAAAAUAACAGAUUCCUCCCUUGAGUAUCUGAUGUCUUCAAAAUCUUUAAAUAGUGAUAUAGAUGAAUAAUUCAUAAACCAAGCUGACUUUGAAAUUUUUGAUCUCUGGUUACUUUCAAGCCUUUNGAACUUUGUUGCUUAUCUCCUUUAAAUAACUCUGUUAAGUCGUCUUUGAAUGAGGGUGUAGUGAGUAUUAAAGCACUUGUAUAUGCCAA